GAGGUGGGGCUAAAUACGGAGCUGGGAGCGGAAGAGGCCUGGGCUGCUGGGUGUAGCGCUGAGUGAAGCACGGAGACUGUUUGGUGGUGGGUCUGGGGCCGGCCGAGCUCAAAGCCCCAGACUCCGAGAUACGCCAGAAGAAACUAAGGACUUGGUAUUCCGGAGCAGUCGCCGCUGGCUGCUGUUUCCCUGCCUGCUGACGCCCCCGUCGCCUGAAGAUCCGGCACUGGGAGGCCUCUAGGCCUAGGCGCGGCCCGCGGAACCCGACGCGUUGCUGCCGGUGCUGCUGUGAGUAAUACGAGCGACCUCUCCACGGUCGUUUACCGAUUAAAAUGGAGGAAAUUUCGUUGGCCAAUCUGGAUACUAACAAGCUAGAGGCCAUCGCUCAGGAGAUAUACGUAGACCUGAUAGAGGAUUCUUGUUUGGGCUUCUGCUUUGAGGUGCACCGGGCAGUCAAGUGUGGCUACUUCUACCUGGAGUUCGCGGACACUGGUAGUGUGAAGGAUUUUGGCAUUCAACCAGUGGAAGAUAAAGGAGCGUGCCGCCUCCCGCUCUGCUCCCUUCCUGGAGAAUCUGGGAAUGGGCCUGAUCAGCAGCUGCAACGCUCACCUCCGGAAUUCCAGUAGCUGCAACAUGAGACAGCCUGAGGGUGACCAGGACAAUAACAUAGACCGGUCCUGUGGUCGGGAGUAGGUAGCUAAACAGGAAAAAAAAUAAAUAAAAAAGAGAAAAGUCCCAAUUCCCACUGAAAAUUCUUUAAAAGCCUUUAAAAACCCAAAGUGGAGAAUUUAAGAAUUUGGAUUGUUUUAUAAGUAUAUUACUUAGGUUCAGCUUUGAAACCCUGGGCAGGAGGAGCUGUGCAUCUUGUAUGCCAUGCAAUGCAGGUUGAUCUCUAAACACACCAGGACAGCAGGAAGUGCACAAGACCCCUGUACUGUCGCCCAGCAGAUAAGAUCCUUUGGUUUCUUAUCCUUUCAGUCUGCCUGAGUCAAGGGCUUCCUGGAUAACUGACACUUUGGACAUAACUGAUGGUCAGGCCUUUAUCUUUGGGCCUCAGUGGGACUGCUCCUCUGAUCUCUGAACCUUUGAUUUGGG